GUCUUGUAAUCAGGUGAAAAGUGAAAGACUUUACAAAGCAGGAGCUGGAGUUGUUGCAGAUAGCAUAUAACAGCAAGAGUCAUCACGUUCAUCAAGGCCAGCUUGUAGACUCUGUAAGUCUUUGAAUGUUUAACCGGUUAAUGUUGUGUGUCCAGUUACUGCCUGCCGCAAGAGUUAAACCAUUCAUGUCUUUCUUUCUUUUUUUUAACUUUACAGUCUGAGAGAUUGAUGCAGAUCAAGCACGUUCAUGUCAGAUGAUGAUCCAACUUGAUGAAGUUAUAAGGAAGAGCUUGAAGGUUGGAGUAUGAAGAUGUCGGUUGUAGCCAAGUGUGGCAAACACUUUAGCUCAGCCAGAGGGUCUUAUUAAAAGAGUGUUAUUAAGAGCACGUGAGAUGCACAUGCAAUUGCUAAUAGCUGACUCUAUAUAAGGCAGCAAAGGUCUUCUUCGUCAAAGAGAAAAGAGAGCGAAGAAGAGAGAGAAACGACGUCAUUGUCUUCUUUGUUGGAGCUUCAAGAGAGAUAGAGAGAGAGACCAAGAGAGAUAGAGAGAGAGAGAGAGUACACAGAGAGGUUGUAUAUUCUUGGGGUAUUAGGUAGUAUCUUCUUUAGGAUUCUCUUAACCUUGUAAACCGAUUAGAGUGUGAUCGGUGGUGAGUGAUCUUCGUGUAUAAAUCCGUCGGAGGUGGUUUCCGAUUCAUCUAUAUAAGUUGGGGAUCGAAAGAUCCUAACCGGAUGUAGCGGUUGGUUAACACCAUGAACCGGGUCAAUUGAGUGUGUUCUUGAUUUGUGAAGUUCACCGAAAUCGAUCAGAAGCGGAAUUGACGGAACUCAAUUCUUCAACAAUUCACAUUCUUAAUUAUUUCUUUUUGGCCAAUCAUAGGAAGGAAGUACAAUCCAAUUAUGUACAUUAUUUUCUUGUAUUAUCUUGGUGUUGAUACCACUCUUUAUAGAUGUUAUAGAUAAAGGUCUCUAUAGAUUUUGUUUCCAUUUCAAAAUUACAGAUUCAUUUCGAGCUUUAUAGAAAGAUUCUAUCCAUUUUGUUUUAUUCUUUUUUUUUUCAAAAUCGUUGUAGCAAGAACUUACAUGCGUGGUUCAAAUAGCCAUUUAAUACUUAGCUACAUUUCCAUUUGGGUCUAGAAUCCCACCAAAUUCUUUUAAUGAACAUACAUAAACAUAAUAGUUUCCACAACAGAAAAUGGUCUAACUGAAUCCACUGAGAAAAAAAAUAGAUGGCAAUGAGAAAAAAUCGGGUUCCAAGAAUACAACAUCCGUACAAAACUUAAGAACCAUAACCACUAUCUAAAAAUAGAUAUAAGAUGACAUGUUUGUGUUGUUUUGUCUAUUUAUUCUCUAUAAAAGGAGAUCUUUGAGUAGAUUUAUCAUACCGUCUCCUCUCAACGAAAGCUUACAAAAAAUUCACCCUAAAUACUUUAGUUUAUAAAUAAAGCUCCCAAAAUCUAAGAGAGGAGAAGACAAAGACUUACAAGAAAAAAGGCAUCAUAAUGGCCAAAUUCUUCAUCGUGUUCCUUGCCUCUGCCCUAUGUUUCACCACCCUCCUUCACUUGGUGGCCGCUGAUGCCGACGACUUUGACCGUUUCAACAUCACGGGCUCCGUCUACUGCGACACAUGCCGCGUCCAAUUCGUUACCCGCCUCAGUAAAUUCCUCGAAGGGGCAAAGGUAAAGCUUGAGUGCAAGAGUCGUGUGAACCAGACAGUGACACUGACCAAAGAAGCUGUGACUGACAAAGACGGAAAAUACCAGAUGGAAGUUAUGGGAGACCACGAAGAGGAACUGUGCGAGAUCAUCCUCGUCCAAUCACCGGACGCAGAGUGUGGCGAAGUGAACAACGAAGAGUUCCUAAGAAACGCAGCAAGGAUCAGUCUCACGGCUAACGAUGGCAUUGUCUCUAAUGAGAUUCGAACCAUUAACCCACUUGGGUUCAUGAGGAAGACUCCUCUCGCCGAUUGUCCUCAAGUUUUCAAGGAGCUUGGAAUCGUCCCUGACGUCAUCUUCUAAGCUUAAUACCGAUAUACAUCGAUCUCUGAACAAUUUUAAUUUUUGUUGUAACUCUUUACAUUUCGUAUAUAACAACAUUUAUAUUUGAUUUCACAUGUUAUGGGUAAAAGAUACUUAACUAACGCUGUUUUCUUCUGUUUCAUAUCUUGUGUUUGUGUUCCAACAACCUUUUCAAAAAUGAUUUGAUUACCUUUUAAAUUUUAA